CGGCGGCGGGCACGCGCGGCUCGUGCACCGCGGCUGCUGGCUGCUCCUCAGUUGUAGUGGAGUGUAGACAUGGCGGCGGAUCUAAACCCCGACUGGCUCUCCUGCCUACCUUCCUCCUGGAGUUACGGGGUGAUCCGGGACGGGAGAGUGUUCUUCAUCAACGAAGAAGCAAAGAGUACGACUUGGCUUCAUCCGGUGACCGGUGAAGCGGUCAUUACCGGACACAGGAAAACUCCAGAUUUACCGACCGGAUGGGAGGAAGGAUAUACGUUCGAGGGAGCGCGCUGCUUCAUCAAUCACAAUGAGCGGAAAGUGACCUGCAAACAUCCGGUCUCUGGUGCACCAUCACAAGAUAACUGCAUCUUUGUCGUCAACGAACAGCCAGCGGCUAAAACACCAGUCAGUGAAAAGAAGGAAAGACCCACAAGCAUCAUGAGUGAGGCGUCCAACUACACGGGAGGCUCCGACUACAUGACACACCCAAGCAGUCCAACAACCAGACAAUCAAGGCCAUCUAAAAAAGUCCACAAUUUUGGCAAGCGGUCACACUCCAUCAAGAGAAACCCAAACGCUCCAGUAAUCAAACGCAGCUGGCUUUAUAAACAGGACAGCACAGGAAUGAAGAUGUGGAAGAAGAGAUGGUUUGUGUUGUCCGACAUGUGCCUCUUCUACUAUAAAGAUGAAAAAGAAGAAGGGAUCCUCGGGAGCAUCCUUUUACCCAGCUUCCACAUAUCCCUGUUAUCUGUGGAUGACCACAUAAGCAAGAAAUAUGCUUUCAAGGCCACACACCCGAACAUGCGGACGUACUACUUCUGCACUGACACAGCCAAAGAAAUGGAGUCCUGGAUGAAAAUGAUGACCGACGCUACCCUCGUUCACACUGAGCCCAUCAAAAGACUGGAUAAUGUAAAGGUAGACCCACGCAGCCCUCUGGAGAUGAACAACAUGUUAAAUCACUGGGUUCUCACACAACCUGAGAUCCAAAAUAACGAGAGGAACCGUGAGAGUCUGCAGCUGGAGGACAAGAAGCAGAAACAGCUGGAGAAACAGCCCAGUAUCCACAGAGAUAAGGAAAGGUGUGCCAUUCAGAAAGACUCCCAGAAGUACCAAAUUCAGAAAGAAGGUGAGAAGUAUGCUCUGGAGAAGGACGGACAGAAGUAUCCUCUUCAGAAGAGUGGAUACAGAUAUGUCCUGCCGAAAGACAUGGAAACGUUUGGUGUACAGAAAGACGGAGAGAAGUACGCUUCCACUCUGCAGAAGGAGGCUAAACGGCAUGGCCUCCAGAGAGAUGAAGAAAUAAAUCUGCUGCAGAAAGAAAUGCAAAGGUACACGCUGCACAAGGACAGCGACAAGCAUGUGCUUCCAAAGGACAAUGAGAUACAUGCCGUGCACAAAGACACUCACAAAUAUCUCCAGAAAGAUGGAGGACGACCUGCACAGAAGUCCACCGUGCAGAAAGACACAGAGAGGUCCAGGCUACAGCGAGAAGAGGAGAAGUACAGCUUGCAGAAGGAUGGCAAUGUGGAGCAGCCGCUCACUAAACUCGACAGCAUAAAGCUGCAGCCUGUGCAGGCAGUCAGCAUCGCCCCGGCCACGUCUUCCUCAUGGCAGCUGCAGAACAGAGGAGGCUCGGCUCUGUAUAAAACCGCACAAGUCAACGGCUCCGGGGGAGAACAGAGCCCGGGAGAAAUGAGUAACACCAUUUCACAAAGGACAACAGUACAGCCUCAGCAGCCGUCAGAGCCAGAGAGGAGCUUAAGCAGGUCUAAUUCCAUUCAGCUGGAGCAGUAUUUUAGGACACACCGAACCAGGGUCCAGGAUGACGACACAAAGAGCAUCACUUCAUAUCAGACUCUGCCCAGGAACAUGCCUAGCCAUCGGACGCAGGUGGUGCCACGCUAUCCCGAGGGCUACCGCACGCUUCCACGUAACAUGCUGCGGCCGGACAGCAUCUGCAGUGUAGCAGGUUCCAUGUACGAUUGUGCGCUGCAACCAGUGGCAGCAGAGAAAAGACGCUCUAUGCGAGAUGACACGUUGUGGCAGCUGUACGAGUGGCAGCAGAGGCAGGCCUACAGCCGGAUGGGCUAUAGCACACUGCCCAGCCCCAAGACUCUGAGCCACAUUGCAGAGUCCAUCCCAUCAUCCCCCUCGCACGGCUCCCUGGCUCUGUACCAAUCCGUCUCCCCCAACCAGCCCUACAAUCCCAGCACCUGCUCUGAAGUUUCCUCACCUGUGUUCCGUGGAGAUGUCAGCAUUGACCGGCGUCACCGAGCACACCUCACAAAGUAUGCAUACCAACCUGACUGCAGGGUCCCGGCAGCUCAGAGCAUCACGACACAGUCCCUGCAGGGUAAAACGCCAGAAGAGCUGACCCUGCUGCUUAUCAAGCUGCGACGGCAACAGGCCGAGCUCAACAGCAUCCGAGAGCAGACUCUCGCUCAGCUAAUGCAGCUAAACGUUGACGCCGCCAACCCGAAGAAUAAGGUGCUUUCUCAUCACCUACAGAGGAAUCUCAUGUAUCUGGACAGCCAGAUGAAGCAGAAUGAGCCUAUAAUCUUCAUGAUUCACACUAUGAUUGAGAGCUCAGCACCGAGGCCUCAGCUAUACCAGCAAAUGAGCCCUGAUGCGUACAAUGACACGGUUUAUGGCUACAGACCUGAAGAACUGGAUGUUGAUGCGAAGUUAAGCAGAUUGUGCGAACAAGGCAAAGUGGUGCGGACACAAGAGGAGAAGCUUCAGCAGCUCCACAGAGAGAAGCACACCCUAGAAACAGCACUGUUAUCAGCGAGCCAGGAGCUGGAGAUGAGUGCGGAGAACCCAGCGGCUGUGCAGAGCCUGAUCCAGCAGAGGGACGUGCUGCAGAGCGGGCUCCUGAGCUCCUGUAGAGAACUAGCCCGAGUCAGCACUGAGCUAGACAGGAGCUGGAAAGAGUAUGAUAAACUGGAGAGCGACGUGACUUUGGCUAAAAGGAACCUACUGGAUCAGCUGGAGGCUCUCGGCAGCCCACAGACAGAACCCCCUAGUCAGCAGCACGUACAGAUUCAGAAGGAGCUGUGGAGGAUUCAGGACGUGAUGGAUGCACUGAACAAAAACAAGCCAAAGAGAAGCGCUGAACCCAGCUUUCCUUCAUCGGGUCUUCAGAAGAAGGAGGAGUCUGAUUCCGUGCCCCCGCGUCCUCCGCUCCCCCACCUUUACGAGGGCAGAGGGCGCCUGUGUGUGCCUCACCUGCCCGGCCCCAGCCACCCUCAGCUCCACCCACCCCGAACAGGCCCUCACCAGCCCGAAGACCGCAAAGCUGGUCAGCGCAAUGGCAGUCACAGCGGUCCAGACUACAGGCUGUAUAAGAGCGAGCCGGAGCUCACCACCGUGGCUGAAGUAGACGAGAGCAACGGAGAGGAGAAAUCCGAGCAGGCUGCUGAGAAAGAGUCUACUACUAAAGCGCCCUAUCCUGUGGGAGUAGUGAGCCCCAGGACUAAGUCACCUGUACCCGUGUCCUCCACCAUCGCUUCUUACGUGACUUUGAGGAAGGCUAAGAAACCGGAACCCAAAAUGAGCCACGUGAACAGUGCGACAGAGCACGUGAGUGGUGUUGUGGAAGGAGUCCGUCAGCGCAUGAGUGUGGAGGAGCAGAUGGAGCGGAUUCGCAGGCACCAGCAGGGCGCGCUGCGAGAGAGAAGGAGGGAAGAUGGCUCUCUUUCUCGCAGUCUUUCUUUCACCAAAGACACCUCCUAUUAUUACACCCUGCAGAUGAGCACAAAAAGAAGGGAGAUGUCAGCUGGAGACUCGAACCAGUUCAGAGCCUCUACAUUCAAAGAGAACUGCAAAGCACUGGAGCAGUUGCAGGGGAAACUGAUGUUAGGUUCUGAGUUUGGAGAAAAGGUCUCUGAAGCCAGCAGAAGCCCUGAGCACCACAGAGCCCUGGGCACUGAGGACAGUGUGCAGACAGCAGUGAUGGUACGAGUGAACACAGAGGAGAAUGAUGAGGAGGAGGAGACUCUGUCUGGACAAAGUCAGGGUCAGAUCAUGAAGGACUGCUACACUCGGACAUCUUCCAAACACAGCACCACAGUUUCAGUGAACAGCCUCUCGAGUUCGCCUCAGUCUCCGAGCUCCUCUCCUCUUCCUUCCUCCCCUCCUCACCUCCCCGACGGUUCCCACUUCAUGUGUGUGUAGUGGAGGAAACACAGUACACCAGCUACUGACCCAUGAAGGAGUAGGUCCAGCAGGAGAACCAAAAAGCGCCGCUGCCGCCCUGCCGAGCAGCGAGAGGCCGUAACCACCACCACCACACCGCAGUCGCAGCUCAAGCCAUCGCUCUGUUUCCCAAACUGCCACAGGAGACUUAGACACACAGGUGUAGAGUAUUCUUAUUAUUUAUAAAGUUCACGUUCUUGUGUUGAGGUGUUUUGUAUAAAACAGAUAAGGAGCAGUGCUGUGAAGAGGCGCUACUGAUGUACACUCUUAUUCUUUAGAGCAGCCGCCAUCUCUUCAGUGGGUGGGGUGUGUGUUAGAGCCCACCCACACACACCCCCCACACACACCCCACACACACACACAAUCUGCUUAUUUCUUUAUUUAAAAAAAAACCUCUGGCUUUUAGCGUUCAUCUCUUUUGCACUGUAUAAGACCUCACUGAUUUUUUUUUUUUUUUUUUUUUUUUUUUUUAAGUAGUAAGGCGUGGAUAUCAGCCGAUCUGUACAGAACACGUCCUGCCUGAAUGACCACUUCAUUAAAGUACUGCUCUCACCACUGCAGAUGAAAAGAUGCUGAUUUUAGCUUUGUAAAGAAACCUUUAGAUCGUCUGUGAUUUCCCGCAGCACUGCCCCCCACCCCCAACCCCCCACGGACAGAACAUUCAUGAACAUUUGUUUUAUAUUUCUAUGGCUGAGAUAUAUUUAACUAAAGUAUUAAAGAGAGUAUUCAUUAAAGAUUUGCUUUAGUGUGGUCUCUGUCCAUGUUGGGGUCCAGCUCUAGAGAAAUAUAGCACAUGUAAAGCUUAAAAAUAAAAAAACUGAAGCAAUAACCAGGGUUUCGGUGUUCACUUUAUUGUAGAAGAUGUAAAGAUCAUAUUGUAUAUAAUGUACACCAUACAAUAAAAUUCUAAAAGCUUA